AUGGGUCAAGGCGCUUCGUCUUUGCAACAACAAAGGAACAGGAAGAAAAACAGAUGCGUCACCGACGAUAACGAGUUCAUCGAUGUCUUCAACGCGAGCUUCUCGUCCUUUCAAAACACCACCGCUGAAAAGGAGGACGACGACGAUAACAACAAAGAAGAAGAAGAAAAUACAUCCGACGACAACGAGAAUUGGAAUUUCGCGCGCAGGACGAGGAAACGAUUGAACGAGUUGAGAGAACUCGCACCGUCCACGGCGAAACCGAUGCUCGUUUCAAACGCACUCUCAGACGAAGAAGACGAGGACACGACGUCAAAAUCGAAGAAAAAGAACGGAAGCAAUGACAGGAGGAGUUGGCAGAAAGUGUUCGAUGUGCUCGACGCGUACGAACGACACCAAGAGGAUGGUGAUGGAGACAAAUAUUCGUCAAAGAGCGAAUUGAUUGCGAAGCUGCGCGAAGUCGCGAAAGCGAUUCGAUUGGCCGCCAAAAACACCACGGAAGAAGAGGACGACGACGACUUUUACGAAGCGCAACACACAUCCGAAGGAAAACCGACGCCCCCGAGUAGGCUUCUCUCGUCCCCGAUAUCCAAAACGCCCCCGCCGGUAAAGCCGCGAAAGCUUCGGGCGAAGAAUCGGAAAAAGAACGACGACGACGAUGCGAAAGACGACGGCGAGAACGACGACGACGAAAACGGUUCAGACGACGACGAAAACGCGACAGGUGGUGUGUACAGCGAGUACGUCCGGAACACGGACGAUUUGCUCGUCGUCGCCGAGAAACUUUCUUCGCUCCUUUAG